GUGGGGGUGACGCAUCCUGCAACUGCAACUUAAAAGAAGCUGCGCAUAUUGCAUAACUAUCGUCAAGCAAACUCACAAGGCCAGCUAAUAAUUUGAGCCAUUUCCGUGUCUUGGUUUUUAGACAUAAGAUUUUGGAUAUAAAGAUCAUAAGAGGUAUAACUAAGAGGAAAUCAUUCCAAGGGCUGAAGUUCUUAGGACAGGGAAAUCUCACCGAUUGUGUUGUAUUUAUUGCGCAGUUUAUCCAACUACUCGCCCAACCCUUUUAUGACCUCCCUCAUCUUCGCACUAUUGCCCUCCGACUACUAUCAAUAUGGAUUUUAACUGGUCAACGCCCUUCCCGGAAGGUGUCAUAUCCUUCCUCGACACCGAUUUAUACAAAUUGACAAUGCAAUGCGCCGUCUUCAAAUAUUACACUGACGUGCCUGUCACAUAUGCAUUUACCAACCGUACUCCGGAGAAGAAGUUGUCGCGCAAAGCCUUUUCGUGGCUUUGCGAACAGAUUAGCAAGCUUGGCAAUAUCUCACUUUCCGAUGACGAACUCCAUUUCUUGCAAACGCAUUGCAAAUAUCUUUCGGCCUCAUACCUAGACUUUUUGAAGGAAUUCCGGCUCAAGCCCCGCGAACAACUAAUCCCGACUUUCCACCCCGCGGGGGCGGACACGGGGGCGGAAGACGUACUAGGUGACAUCCACAUUGAGAUUAAGGGCAAGUGGGUUGACACUAUACUAUAUGAGAUCCCACUUCUUGCUCUGACGUCUGAGGCGUACUUCAAGUUCAUGGACACAGACUGGAAUUACGAUGGCCAAGAGGAGAAGGCGUAUGACAAGGGUAUGCGCCUCCUCGAAGCAGGAUGCAUCCUCUCCGAAUUCGGAACCCGUAGACGGAGAGAUUAUCACACUCAAGCAUUGGUCUUCAGAGGUCUCGUGAAAGCUAGCAAAGAGGCACAGAAGCGCGGUUUCCCGGGCAAGCUCUCGGGAACUAGUAACGUCCACCUAGCUAUGCGAUUCAACCUACCGCCUAUCGGAACUGUUGCGCACGAGUGGUUUAUGGGCAUCGCAGCUAUCACGAAUGAUUACGAAAUAGCAACCGAAGAGGCGCUACGCCGAUGGGUUGGCUGCUUUGGCGAGGGCGUAUUGGGAAUCGCAUUGACAGACACAUUUGGUACUCCGGAAUUUUUAAAGGCUUUUAGUAAGCCCGUUAGAUAUCUUCCGGAUACUCCGAAUAUUACGGUCCAGGGUGAAGGUACCCAAUCUGCAACCUCACCCCGGAGCUAUGCCGAUAUAUACGGUGGAGUACGACAGGAUUCUGGCAACCCUGCGGAUUUCGUCAAGCUGAUGCGUAAUUUCUACGAGAGUCAGGGCAUCAAGGAUAAGAAGACAAUCGUGUUUUCUGACUCGUUGGAUAUCGAUAAGUGUAUCGAGUACAAGCGGAUAUCCGAAGAAUAUGGAUUCCAGCCAACAUUUGGUGUCGGCACGUUUUUGACAAACGACUUCGUUCAUCUCAGCACGGGAAAGAAAUCAGCACCUCUAAAUAUUGUUAUAAAGCUGAGUUCCGCUGCUGGAAACCCGGCGAUUAAGAUCAGUGACAAUAUUGGGAAGAACACGGGCGAUUCAGCUAAGGUGGCGGAAGUUAAGCAGUUGCUGGGUUACGUGGAGAAGGAUUGGGCGGGCGGGGACGAAACGUCAAGAUGGGGGAAGGCUGAUGACAUCACAAAGCCAUGAAGAGGCUGACUUGAGCGUUAUGUGCGGUUUCCUUCCGCGAGCGAGUCAGUCGAUAUCUAAACGGCUGCUUGUUAGACUAUUCGAAAAUCCGACCUCGCCACCCCCCAGAGUCGUGCCUGAAUCGCGCCCCUAUUGGCUAGCCGUGGCAUCUAAUGGUAGACUCCUGAGGAGGUGGAUUAAACCCUUAGGUUAAGGCAUUUCUAAAUGUUUACCAUGUAGGUGAACUAGUGACCACCAAGAUGAUUCAAUAGAGAUACGCACC